ACGGAACACUAACUGCAGCUGAUUCUAUAUUUUCUAAGCGCCCGUCAGCUGGCGUUCAUGUAACUAAUAGGCACAAGAUGGGGCAAACUACAAAUUGACAAUUGCAUUUGCUGAGACGAUUCGUUUUUACAUCUCUCAUUUUCUACACGAAUUUGUCAAAAUUUGCAGAACAAAAGAGUAUUUAAUAAAUGUUUUCUUCGAAAUAAAGCGCAUUUCGGAAGACAUAAAAUGUUAAAAGUGACUGUCGGACAGGGUAAAGGAUUAAGGACCUUUCAAGAAGUAUGGCCCGAAAAACGUCUUAUAGUACUGAAACUAUUAAAUCAGGAAACAGUUUCUCAAUUAGAAUGGCAGGAAUUGUUUUAUGGUGUACAUUUGGUUUGUUUGUGGGAUGAGAAAGGAGCCAUAAAAAUUUAUGAUUGCUUGCAAGCAGAUAUUGUGGAAUUUAUAGUGCAUGCUCAACGCAAGUUGCAAUCACAACGCGGCGAACAGGCACUUCUCACGACAUACAUUGUAGAAUGGCGUAAAUUCUUCACACAAUCCAAUUACCUGCCACUACCUUUUCGUCAGUUGGAGCAGUCUCUUCAGUUCAAGGUGCCCACGUCUACAUCCACCUCAACAUCAGCAUCUAGUUCCUCUGCCGCCAGUACAAGUGCCAAUACUGCAUUAACUUCAACGGCGGCCGGUCCCUCCACAUCAGCUGCUGCCGCCGCAAACUCCACAACUUCACCUUCAAGUGGUAGUAGUAGUAAAAAAAAUACCACUGAAGUUUCUAUCGUCCGAAAACUUAUGCUUGACUCGUGGAAUGAACAUAUAUUUUGUGAUAUAAAAGAUCGUUUACAAGAAUCGGCAAUGAAAAUUGUGCAUGCCGAACGCAACGGCGAUGCCUAUGAUGCGCAGCUAGUGAUUGGUGUGCGUGAAAGCUAUGUCAAUUUAUGUUCUAGUCCAGACGACAAACUUCACAUUUAUCGGGAAAAUUUUGAAGCUGCUUACUUGAAGGCAACCGCGGCAUUCUACCGCCUUAAAACUACAGAACAACAACAAGCAAACGGUGUAUUGGCUUUUAUGAGAUAUGCCGACGCAAAAUUGCGGGAAGAAGAAACUCGUGCGAAACGAUACCUUGAACCAAGUAGCUAUUGUGAUCUGAUUCAAACCUGUGUCAAGGCACUAGUCGGUGAUCAUAUGAACAUAAUUAUCGCCGAGUGUGCUGCGCUUAUAAGAGAAUACGAAACAGAAAAACUAAAUCUUAUGUUUCGUCUUUUGGAUCGUGUACGUGAUGGUGUUGACCCGAUGUUACGUGACUUAGAAAGCCACAUUGUUACCGCUGGUCUAGCAGAUAUGCUCUCAGCCUCCGACGUAAUCACCCAAGACUCGGAAAAAUACGUUGAGCGGCUUCUCGAACUUUUUAAUAAAUUUAGUUCAUUAGUAAAAUAUGCCUUCAAGGAUGAUCCUCGAUUCUUAACGGCACGUGACAAAGCAUUCAAAACGGUUGUCAACGAUACAAGCGUAUUUAAGCUCGAACUGCCAACCGGCCUAACAAAUCGUGGCGUUAAGUCCAUUACUCCGGAGAGUAAAUGUCCAGAACUUUUAGCAAAUUAUUGCGACAUGUUACUGCGUCGUACGCCAUUAAGUAAGAAGCUCACUAGCGAACAAAUCGAUGCUCGAUUACGCGAUGUACUAUUAGUGCUAAAAUAUGUCAAUAAUAAGGACGUAUUUAUGCGCUAUCACAAAGUGCAUUUGACAAGAAGGCUCAUACUUAGUACCAGUGCUGACAGCGAAAAGGAAGAGGAUAUUGUUGAAUGGUUACGAGAAGCGGGUAUGCCGGCAGAUUACGUGAAUCGCUUAGGGCGUAUGUUCCAAGACAUUAAACUUAGUGAAGAUCUAAAUACUCAAUUCCGAAGCUGCACCGGCCGUCACGAUGCAAUUAAUAUAAAAAUUCUCAAUGCCGGGGCUUGGGCACGGUGCUCUGAACGAGUUUCUGUGAGUCUGCCCCUUGAAUUGGAAGAUUACAUUCCUGACGUGGAAGAGUUUUAUAAGAAAAACUUUUGUGGUCGUAAAUUACAAUGGUAUCAUCACAUGAGCAAUGGAACAAUUACAUUUGUAAACAAUUUCGGUCGAUACGACCUGGAUGUAACUACUUUCCAAAUGGCCGUACUUUUCGCAUGGAAUCAGCGACCGCAUGAUAAAAUUUCGUACGAAAAUUUGCGUUUAGCGACAGAAUUACCAGAUCCUGAGCUCAGACGAACACUCUGGUCGCUUGUGGCGUUUCCAAAACUGAAAAAACAAAUUUUGCUUAUGGAACCCGCAACAAUAACAACCCCGAAAGACUUUUCAGAAAAUACUUUAUUUAGUGUUAAUCAAGAGUUUGCUGUUGUGAAAAAUGGCAAAGCACAGAGAAGAGGAAAGAUGAACAUGAUUGGCCGUUUACAACUGAGUACAGAGCGUUCACAACAGGAGGACAAUCAAUCAAUAGUGCAGUUGCGUAUAUUACGCACCCAGGAAGCCAUUAUAAAAAUUAUGAAGAUGCGCAAACGCUUGAAUAAUGCAACAUUGCAGGCCGAAUUGAUUGAUAUACUCAAGAAUAUGUUUUUGCCUUCGAAAAAAAUGAUUAAAGAGCAACUGGAAUGGUUGAUCGAACACAAGUAUAUGCGACGUGAUGAUGAUGAUAUCAAUACAUUCAUUUAUGUGGCUUAAUGAGUGCUUGAGCAUGCAGCUGACUAGGCUGGGCCGCAUAGAAAAGAGAGUGAGAUAAGUUGUAUCACUAUGUCACUCCUUUUUUUAUGAUCUUUUAAAAAUUAAAUUUUACCUUUUACCUUAUAAGUUAAUUGAAAUGGACCAAAUGUGGGAUUCUACUUAUAAUACAUACCUAAAUAUACUAUAAUGAUACAUUAGUUUAAGAUAUAUAGGUUAAAAAUAUUUACAAUGCCAAACAUUUGCUAUUUCUUUUCAAAUGUUUAUACGAGCUGGUUCUUAAAUUAUGUUUAACAUUCGAUACUAGUUAGAACAUUAAAUUCAUUGUCACUGACUCCAAGUCACCAUUAUAUUACUUAUAGAUAACUCGACCAUUCGAUUAUCAACUUAUGACUGCUUCAUUUCACACUUUUUUAAAUAUGUAUAUCCCAGUUAGGUGAAUAUUAUAUUAUUUCAUUGUUUUUAUAUUUUUUUAAUUGUAUAUUUUAUAUUAUAUGUAUUGUAUGUAUUUGAUGUCGAUUGUUAUCAAUUAUCCGUUCAUUACCAUUUUUUAAAUUUUAUAAAAUUAGGUUUUAGCCAGACAGUUUAUUCGUCUUUUACCUACAUAUAUCAUUAAUUGCAAUGUGAAUUGAGCGUUCGAAAGGAAAGACAGAACACAUGUGUCGAUUCAUGCGCAUAUUUAAAGGAAGCAACUUUUUAUCAGCAAUAAUUGUACUAAAUCUCACAGAUGCAAACAAAUUUAACGUGUGAAGAGAAUAAUAGAAUUACGUCGGUAUAAUGAACAUAAAUUACUUUGAAAUUUAAA